AAUUCAAACAAGGCGCCUGAUCACAACAGCUUGUCACAAAGCUGUUGAGUACAUUAAAAACCUAUGUGAACAUUGGAUACGUUUGAUAUAAGAGGCUUUCUCAAAUCGGUUCGUUACAAUAUGCUUUUCGAAAAGUCAUUAACAUGUGACUUUGAUGAUAUCAAAUCCGAGGAAGUUCUUAUUCUUUCUCCUGUUUUGUAUCAAUCCGGUGACUUGAUGCAAUGCAUUUCAAAAGUUUCAAUGACACAUAAUCUUCGUCACCUUCUGGGUAAUCUAAUCAACACUUUGAAUUCCCUUAGAAGUUUGAAAAUCCCUAUACUAUGGGAAGAAACAUGCACCGAAUAUUCUCUGUCUUCUAUUCCUUCAUUUCCUUCCCUCGCUCUAAGUUACGAAUCACAAAAUGCUUUGGGGAAGUUAAAAACACUCAUGCUCCUUAUCAUUCAUUUAUGCAACGAUAAGCCAGAUCCAAAAUGCUCGCUAGAAAGCUGUUGCGAACUUAUGGAAGCUGAAGCUCUGGAAACUGAAGUUUUUAUAAUCUUAUGUUUUAUAUUUCAUGGUCUUUCGAAUUACCACUUGGUUGGGAAGUUCUUUUGUGGUUAUUUGGCUCACUGUAAUACUGUCAAUCACAGUAUUUUACUGAAGUUGGCAGUUAACUUACCCUCUGAUUGGUGGUCUAUAGUCCACGAAUUAUGGAAGCUGGGGAAGUCUCUAACAACUAAAUCCUGCUGUCAGGGUGACAAUUUGCAUGAUAAGGAUGGGAUCCAGCAUAUUCCGCAUUCCAAGUCGGACAUUGGAGCCCAUUUAAACCCUUUUUCAUUGUCAUAUCGUAUUCAAACAGUUUUAUUUUACCUGGUAAAGUUAAACCCACACGAUGCCGUUACAAUAGUGGAGAAUUGCAUUACCACCCGUCAGUUUCCAGGCUUAGUUUUGGAUUUACUUUUUGGACUGAUCAAUAAAGAGGGUUAUACCUUGAAUUUUCUGAAAAGGAUUUUGCUAGACAGUGGACAAGACAUACGAUCUUGGAUGAGCAAUUUUCUGAAGCUUCCAUCUUCAUCAUGGUACUUGGAUAAGCUAAGCCAUCAUUUUGUAAAAAUCACUUCUUGCCUUAUACCACGUGAUUCUGCAAUUCCUUUGGAUGAUAACAUGAUUCUCACUGCGUUAACAUUACUUCGUGUGUUAGCUGCAUUUCGUGGGUUUAUAAAUUACAACUUCCCACCAGAAUUGUCGCAAAAAUUAUUAAUUCUUCUUACACAUCGAACAGUUGUUUCUGAACGUGGCUUACAAUAUAUCAGUUAUUCGCUUGCAUUCUUAAUUGGGUUACGUUCAAGUUUGGCAACAGGAAUAUCUUCAGAUACUAAUGGCGUAAUGCACAAUAAUAGUCGUGUUCCUGCAAAUACAACAGAUAUUGAAAAUACAAUUGUAACUUGGCUCCAACGUUUAAUAGAUGAACAAGAUAUUUUCAAUUCACUAACUCAAUCGUCAUCGUCAUCUUAUCUGCGUAAUUGUAAUCAAUUUUCAAAAACAACAUCGUACAUUGAACCUUUACUGCUUUUAGCUAUCUUAUUUCAUACAAAUCAACCUGGACCAAUCACUGAACUAAUAUCAACUUUACUUGGUCUACGUAUACCAUCACUUGGACGAACUAUCAAUGGAUGGCGUAAAUUAUUUUUUCAAACUGUUUUUACAGAAAAUAUGAUUGCUAAUCAAGUUGCACGAAUUCCAAUUACGCCAAAAUUGAGUCGACAUUUAGUUGGUCACUUACCAACUCAAUGUAUGCUACAAUUACUUAAAUCACAUGCAUUUGCUAAAAAUAAACUACAUACUAAGAAAUGGAUCAUUGGACAGAUACGUGAAAGUGUACGUCCAAUUCAUCCAUUGCUACCAGAAUUAUUAGAAGCACAUAUUACGCAUUCGUUUACUUCCAAUUCUAACAAUUCAUCGUCAUUGAAUAGUGAUAUUCCUAGUAUUAUUGGUACUACUACUAGUAGUAGUAUUAGUAGCAGUACUAUUACUACCAAUCCUACUGCUUCAACAGCUUAUAUCAACUUAUCAUUAAUUUCUGAACAGGAAUUAAUCAAUGAAUUCACAAAUUCUAAAUCUUCUAAUUUGAUUCAAUUUUGUGCACCAGGGAUUCAUUUACAAUCGAAAAUUAAUCAUAAAUCUGUAAAUCGUUUAUAUAUUUCAACUACAGAACAAGAUUUUACUCCGCAAUUAUUAUUUUUAUAUUAUGCAUUUUUUGUUUUCGAUUAUCAGUUCAAUUUACGUUUAACAUCUAAUCGACAUCGUUUACCUAAUGAACCAUCAUGUGUUUAUUCCAAUAAACUAUGGGAUAUUAUACCUAUAACAUAUCUUUUACGAUAUGCUCGUGCACAUUUAUCAGAUUAUCGCUCCCUAUAUCCGAAAUUAUUACAAUUGGUUACAAAUCAUUUUCCGCAUUUAACUAUGGGUGAAAUGAUGAUACAAGAUGAAUUAUUACUUGAUUCAAUAUGGAGAUCUGAACACGAACCUAUUCGUGUUCUUUGUAUUAAUAAAGCUGAAAUGAAUUUAUCACCGGGGAAUAAUACAACAACAAUUGUAACAUCGAGAGUAAUGACGAACCAAACAAAUUUUGUUUAUCAACAAUCGAAUUAUCCUUUGCCGUUCCGUGAAGAACAAUUAAAUCAAGCAUUUGAACAAGUAAUUUCAAAACUAUCAAUAUCUAUUGAACAGCCAACAACAUUGAAUAAUCUGUUUGAAACAUGUCCAUUAUGGAAAAAUCUUAUUUAUAUGAUUAAUCAAUUGAUACAAUCAAUAGAGAUAUUCGGUUUAGAUUGUUUAUUAAAUUUUGGUCCAAUCUUAGCUGAACAAUGUCCAAGACUACUAUUAUUACAAGGUAAUGGUGGAUUUUUAAGCGUUAAUCGUAAAUUUGUACAUUCUAUGGAACUUUUAUGGAGACGUUUACAUUUGAUUAUGCCAAGACGAUUGGAAUUAAUCACUAUGAAUAGAAUACGAUCGUCUAACAAUGAUCCUCCAACAACAUACACAUCAUCUGCCAUGACAACAAGUAUAGGUACUACAAAUCCCCUUGACUUAUUUAUUGAAGCUAGCAAUCUCAUCAGUAGUCGACGAAAACCUUUGUACAGUUUAGAUUUAUGUACAGAUCCAGUUGAAAAUGUUAUGAGUGAAGUAGAUAGAAAAGUUUUUCGAUGUCCGUCACUUCUUCGUUUAUUUCUACGUAUAUUGGAAUCAAGUUUAUUAGCAUCCAGAUCAUACUGGGCACAUAGACUUGUUGACAGAGUUCAAUCUGUACGUGGAACAACCACAAAUUCAACGGUAUAUAAUACCCAAUCAACAACGUCUAUGCCAGCAACAAUGAUGAUGCUUUCUUCAAAAAAUGGUGGAACACCAUUAUCUGGUUCUCCUAUUCCUAGUACUAAUGCUGAUUUGUUAAAUCAAGAUACAUCUAGUUCAACCACAAACUAUCCUAAAUUUAUUGGUUCUUCCAAAUUAAUUACUACUGAUUCUGGCCAACAACAACAACAACAACAGGUUAACAGCAUAUCUACCGUUGCCCUAACAACAUCAUCAAUAACUACCUCUCCUACGUCUACAUCAGUAAAUACAACUGUUUCUACUUCUAAUACAUUAUCUUCUGCACAAAUAUUCAAUGAAUCUAAUACAAAUAUUUCUCCUCAAUCAGUAGUACCAAUUAAUAAUGAAGAAUGUGAACGUUUAUGUACAAACAUGUUAUUAACACAAGAUUCAACUAUUAUUCAGUUAUUGCUAGAAUAUUGUUUACCAACAGAAGAUGAAAAGAAACUUGAAUCAGAAAUUAGUAUUCUUCGUGAAAUACGUAUUACAAUUUGUACAUUUAUACAUUCAUUAUUCAUCGCUCAACCUGUACUCGCAGAGAUUAUUGUUUGGCAAACGUAUCCCCGUGCAUUGAUCCCUAUCAGUGCUCAAGCCAUCCCAUCAUUACAUAUCUGUUUGGAUACAGUUAUUGAUGUAUUUCGAAUGAGUGGAGAUUAUGCCAAAAUGGUAUUCUGCUUGGAUUUAGUUUCACAUCUAGCUCAACAUUAUAAUAUUCAAGCGACACUGGAUCGUGCUGCUUUUAUGAUUGAUUCAUUAUAUCACUUUUUGACAGUGGUAGUCAGUGUAGAGGAACGAUCAAGUUUAUUAUAUGAAUGUUUGUCUUCAUUAUUACGUUUGGGUAGUGCAUUCCCAAAUUUAGCGCCUAUAAUUGCACGUCUUCUAUUAUCAGUUGGUCUAAUGAUUAGUUCUACACUGUCAGAUGAUUCACGAUCAUAUAUGCUUUGUCAAUUGGAAACUUUAAGAGCAAAAUCAUAUUCAGAAAAUAAUCAAAUUGACAAUCAAUUGAUGACAGAAUUAACAUUGAAUGAACGUAAUCAAAUUUGUCUUUUACAAAUUAUAUCUGUAUUAGAUAAAUUAGUUUUUCAAUGUUCAGCACAACGUCAUCUAUAUUAUUCACCUAGAUUAAUAUAAUUAACUAGAAAAUUCUUAUAUGUUUAUUAUUUCAUCAAAUGAAUAAAUCCCCAGUAAUUUACAAAUAAAAAAACAAUCACAACAACAAGACUAUAUGUGCAAAAUAUGUUUUAUUGAAUAUAUCAUACUUUCCAAAAUUGUAUUCUCGUUAUGUACAUACUUUAUUAGUUAUCUAUGAAGAGACGUAGAUAUGUAUGAUUGGUUCAAUGAAACUGCUUGAUUUAUCAUCCGAUGAUGUAGGCUAUUACCUCUAGUGUACAUUUUGAUAGAAAAUGUAAGUUCUACUACUCAUUCUCAAUCAAAAUAGGAAGUUCAUAAUUGAUAGUUGGUAAUAUAUGAAACAAUAAAUUCUUUUCCCUAACACUAUUGAUUAGUCUAAUAAUAAAUCUAUUGG